AUGGAAACAGCCCCUGCAGAUUUUGGCAAACGGGUGUACCAAGGAGUGCGAGUGAAACACACGGUCAAGGAUCUCCUGGCUGAAAAGCGAUCCCGGCAGAGCAGCGGCUCCCGGUUCAGCGGCAGCACCAGCGCGGCGCAGUCACCCUUUGGCCAAAUGCCAGGCUCACCCACCCCGCCUGGUUUCUACGGCAUCCGCAGAUCCUUCCCAGCCGAGCUGGAUUUCCACAGCACCAAGCAGUUUGUCAGUGAUGUCUACUCCUCCCCUCUGGGCUCCAAGCCCUUCUCCUGUGACUCCUCUUCCCCCCAGGGCUACCCAGCACUCCUGGAGCCCUAUCUCAGCGAGCAGUUCGGGGAUCACCGUGCUCCUCCUCUCCCAGCUGGCACCAGCUCCUUCUUCAACCCUCCGGCUGUGCCUCCUCUCCUGCCAUCGUUCCCCAGCGACACGGGGCCCUUCCUGCUCAGAGAGCCCUGGGAGCAGACCUCACCCGAGAGCCUCAGCCAGUCUGACAGUGCCUGCUCCGACCCUCUGCAGGCGCUCCCUGCCAGCUCCAGCUGCCUGUCCCUGCCCGAAUCCGGAGGUGUUUCCCCAUUCCGAGGCUCAAGUUGGAGCCCAGCCAUCCCUGGAGCCCAGCCCUACCCUCUGCACCCCCUUGAAGACGUCCACUACUCGCCCAGCUACGCUGCCAGCUCGCCCUACAGCUUGUCCCCGUUCAUGGCCGUGGCCAACGAGCCCUCCAGGAUGAGCCACCUGUGCCCGGAGCAGCCCUCGGAGCCACCACACCUUCCCGACCACUCUGCAUGGGCUAAAGAGGAUGGAAGUGCCCUCUGGGAGACUUAUGAAGGCAGGAGAACUUAUUGA